AUGUCUAACCUCAGACUUCAAAUCAUCUUUCUCUUCAACCAGGUACCACUGCAGGACUUUGUCGUGUUACAGUAUCUUAUGGCUUCCCUCAAGGUGCUUGAUAUACUGGAAAUCAAUGAGACCUCUGAAAACAUAAAUGUGACUCUCACAAUCUUAAAUGUGCUAGACAGUGGUGUCACCCAAAUCUUUCUUCCUCUCAUCUACAUCAUAAUCUUCAUUGUGGGCCUGCCCACCAAUGCUAUGGCCAUAUGGGUCUUCCUCUUUAGAACAAAGAAAAAGCACCCAGUAACAGUUCUAAUGGUCAACCUGGCACUGGCCGAUCUGCUCUUCAUCAUCUGGCUGCCACUGAAGAUUGCCUAUCACUUUAACGGCAAUAACUGGAUCUUUGGUGAACCUCUGUGUAAAGUGUUGGUGGGUUUUUUCUAUGGCAAUAUGUACUGCUCUACCAUCUUCAUAGCAUGUAUCAGUGUUCUUCGAUACUGGGAUGUUGUGCAACCACUUUCUCAAAAACUGAAUAACCAAGCAGUAGUGUGUGUGUCUGUAUGUGUGUGGUUUGUAGUCUGGCUUAUCACUACGCCUCUCUACCUGUAUGAUCAGACUGUCAGUGUCACCAGCCUUAACAUUGUCACCUGCCAUGAUGUCACUCUCCAUAGCCAGUUAAUUUUCCCUGAAGUAUACUUCCUGACUAUGGGUGUAGUUGGAUAUGUAAUUCCAUGUGUAGUGUGUACAGUGGCAUAUGUGCUUAUGUUCCGCUUUCUCAGGAGCUCCAUGGCACACACCCAUGCCAAUAAAAGCAAGAGGAAGGCCAUCAUCCUCAUCAUCACUGUGCUUGUGAUGUUCCUGGUGUGUUUCACUCCCAGCAACAUCAUGCUAAUGGUGCAUUACUCUCUAAUGACUGCCAAAAUUCAGAACAAUGGUUAUGGCAUCUACAUUGUCACUCUGUGCCUGUCCAGCCUCAACAGCUGUGUGGACCCAUUUGUGUACUAUUUCAUCUCAGAGGAGUUCAGAGAGCAUGUGAAGAACACACUGAUGUGUCACAGGAAGCAUAUAAUUGAGAGGAUGAGAAUCUCCAUCAGUGCUCUGAAGUUUCCCAGGAAAACAUCUACACCCCCAUCUCAGGCACCUAAAAGUGGUCAUGAGACUUCAACUAUAGCUGGUUCUCUAAGAACAGCUGUAGGUGAAUGA